UUGUUGUUUCUUUCAUGCAGUUACUGCUUGUUUGCUUGGUGAUGAGACUGGAGAAUCUUCUAUGAGAUACUUCACCCUCCUUCAUUUCUUCUCUACUCUACUCUUCCUCUUUCCCUCUCUCCCCAUCCCCAUUUCAUCCUCAUCUUCAUCAACAACUCAACUUUAUGACGUCCUCCAGGUCCUGAAUUCGACAACCUCUCACUAUCUAAGCUCUCUUUCUCUCUUACGGCCAAGAUGCCACCCCCAGUGAAAAGCGCCUACGUCGGUGGCUGGAACGAGAACACCAAGAGAAAACUCGAGCAGGUCACCAUCCCAGACAAGGUCAAAUGCGUCAACUGCAAGAAGGUCCGCAUGCAGAGCAUGUUCUCCAAGCGCCAGCUCGAGUAUUUGCGUCACGGCAUUAUCACCCAGGGUGCUCGUGCGGUCAAUGGUACUGGUAUCGCCAAAUGUCGCACCUGCGUUGGGGGCCAGACGGUUGAGCUCAAGUGCUGCAUUUGUGAUAAGAUCAAGGGUCUGGAAGACUUUGCGAAGGCUCAGCGUCAGCUCCAUGAUACCGCGAGAUGCUUGAACUGCGUUCAGUUCAUCACUGACACGGAGCUCGUGGACGAACAGAAGCUUAUCCCGGAAAGCGAGUUGACCACGCAGGACACUGCCUUGACUAGGUCCCAGUUCGACGACGAAUCCCUCGCCGCGACCACCAACCGCCUGAACCUCAACAGCCCCUACGCCCGCAGCGGCUUCUCGGUCCUCGAAGAAGAAGACGAUGACCUCUCCAUCGGUGGCGGCGUCUGGGUGGAAUCGGAGUCCGGAAACGACGAGAACAGUCUCAGCAAGGGCAAGAGCCGCAUGUACACCAGUUUCGACGCUAGUAGUACUGCUCAUCGCCGUGUCACCGAUUCCCAGUCCGGUGGAUAUGACUCCUUCCGCGGCAAUGGCAACGGUCAAGUCUAUGCACUGAAGUAUCAGAGUGCCGCGGCCCAGGUUCCCAACGUCAGGACCGGCAAUACCCUGCCUCGUCUCCCGCUUCCGAAGAAGAAGGCUUCCAACUUUGCCAAAGUGCCGGGCCGCCGCGUGCCAGCCAACGAAGCCCCCUCCAUGCGUGUCCCCGAGUCCACAGCUGAAGCUCACCAUUCGGAUGAUGAUGAUAGUGACAACGGUAUCGAGGAGUUCCUGUAGAGUACUCUGCUCUACAACCAAUGCCCGUUCGCAAGACUGCCAUCGCUAGGGAAGAUUUGCUGUG